AAACUACUGAAAUCCAACGGCCAGAACAGAAACCCUAAACUCGAACCGAACCUUUGUCUGCCAUAAAACAUCACUUAAAACCACAACCUUUGUAUCCUUUCCUAAUUCGCCAUCCUCUCUCUCACUCCAUUUCCAAGGCGGCACAUCUUCUUCGGUUCUUCCCAAAAGUAAUUCAAAAUGGGUAAGGAAAAGGUUCACAUUAACAUUGUGGUCAUCGGCCACGUCGAUUCCGGUAAGUCAACGACCACCGGCCACUUGAUCUACAAGCUUGGUGGUAUCGACAAGCGUGUGAUCGAGAGGUUCGAGAAGGAAGCUGCUGAGAUGAAUAAGAGGUCAUUCAAGUAUGCUUGGGUGCUUGACAAGCUCAAGGCCGAGCGUGAGCGUGGUAUUACCAUUGAUAUUGCCUUGUGGAAGUUCGAGACUACCAAAUAUUACUGCACUGUGAUUGAUGCUCCUGGACACCGGGACUUUAUCAAGAACAUGAUUACUGGCACCUCACAGGCUGACUGUGCUGUUUUGAUCAUCGAUUCCACCACUGGUGGUUUCGAGGCUGGUAUUUCCAAGGAUGGUCAGACUCGUGAGCACGCUUUGCUUGCCUUUACCCUUGGUGUCAAGCAAAUGAUUUGCUGCUGCAACAAGAUGGAUGCCACUACCCCUAAAUACUCAAAGGCUAGGUAUGAUGAAAUUGUGAAGGAAGUCUCUUCCUACUUGAAGAAGGUGGGUUACAACCCUGAGAAGAUUCCAUUUGUUCCCAUUUCUGGUUUUGAGGGUGAUAACAUGAUUGAGAGGUCUACCAACUUGGACUGGUACAAGGGCCCUACUCUCCUUGAGGCUCUUGAUCAGAUCAAUGAACCCAAGAGGCCUACAGACAAGCCCCUCCGUCUCCCACUUCAGGAUGUGUACAAGAUUGGUGGUAUUGGAACUGUCCCAGUUGGUCGUGUUGAAACCGGUAUCUUGAAGCCUGGUAUGGUUGUUACCUUUGGUCCCUCUGGUCUGACCACUGAAGUUAAGUCUGUUGAGAUGCACCAUGAAGCACUUCAAGAGGCUCUUCCUGGUGAUAAUGUUGGCUUCAAUGUUAAGAAUGUUGCUGUUAAGGAUCUCAAGCGAGGUUACGUUGCUUCUAACUCCAAGGAUGAUCCUACCAAGGAGGCUGCCAACUUCACUUCUCAGGUCAUCAUCAUGAACCACCCUGGCCAAAUUGGAAAUGGAUAUGCCCCAGUCCUUGACUGUCACACCUCGCACAUUGCUGUCAAGUUUGCGGAGUUGUUGACCAAGAUUGACAGACGAUCUGGUAAGGAGCUUGAGAAGGAACCUAAGUUCUUGAAGAAUGGUGAUGCUGGUUUUGUGAAGAUGAUUCCCACCAAGCCCAUGGUUGUGGAGACCUUCUCUGAGUACCCACCUUUGGGACGUUUUGCUGUGAGGGACAUGCGUCAGACUGUUGCCGUUGGUGUUAUUAAGAGUGUCGAGAAGAAGGAUCCAUCUGGUGCCAAGGUCACCAAGUCUGCUGCUAAGAAGGGUGGAAAGUGAACAAUGCAACAGCUCUAAGGUUUUGCCGUUUGUGCCGAUGGAGUAUUCUAUCCUGGUUGUUGUUUUAAGAACUUGGGUUUCUGAGUCAUUUAAAAGUUUUCUUUGUCGUUAUAUGUAGUUUAUUGCCUUCGAAUUUGAGUAGCAAUUCUCAGAAUUUGGUGCUUGGUAGGAGGUGGCAUUCAUAACCUGUUUUGUGGAGUAUUUAAAGUUUGAGGUGCUUUGGUUUGCCAAGGCAUCUAGAAGUUUUGUGUCUAAUUUUGCGGAACUAUCUUCUAUAUAUUUGAUCUGUUUCUGUG